UAUUCCUUUCAGGCAGUUCUUAUUGUUCCAUAAAUCGUGUCAACAAAUCAUUGCUUCAUUCUCGUUGUGUGAAACGUCGGACGCGAACUGCCGGUUCUGCAAAGCAAAGCAAAGCACCGCAUAUUUGCCAUUCGCGAUGGUUAAUAUGGCUUCCUCAAGCAAAAGUCAUGAUGUUGAACCUCUUCGCAUCAGAAAAUUUGAAGUAGGCGACUUAGUGUUUGCAAAAUUAAAAGGCUACCCACCUUGGCCGUCCAAAAUAAACCAGAUUGAAAAUCUGAUAUCUGGAGGGAAGGAGACCAUCAGAUAUAAUGUCUACUUCUAUGGCACUCAUCAGUCAUCAAUUCUGAGAAGCUCCUCCCUUUAUCACUAUGACUCUCAUGCCAAAGCAAUUGUUGAAAAGUUUGGACGUAAGCCAAAGUUUCUCAAAGCUCUGAAAGAGCUAGAAAGAGAGAUGAUGGAUAAAAUCUCUUACCUGAACCAACUUCGAACGCCAGAAACACCGUGGUGUCAUGGCUUCAGCAAUAUUUGUGAUAGCCUUGCUAAUGAUAUAGAUGUGGCUCAAGAAAGGGUCAAGAGUAAAAAUCAUUGCAAACCCAAAGAGACAGAAGUGGAAGAAGUUAUUGACGAUAGUGACGUAGAGUGCAUAGAUGAAUCACGAAAGUGUGGUUACGAGGUUAUGUAUGUGGAAAGAAUACCACUUCCAGAUACACCAGAAAACCUCAUCAUCUUGAGCCUUAAUUUCAAUAAAGAUUGGGUUACUGAGGAAUCACUUAGAAUUAAAGAAGAGGAACGCAUGAUGAACUGCCAUGUGAGAAUUGAGCCAUUCCCCGCUAAAUAUGCUCAUCUUGAUCCCAAUCAAAGAAAUAUUGUUAAUGUUGCUCAAACUUCAUCUCAACAGCAUGAUUCUAAGUCCAAAUCAAAUGAAAUUGUGAAAAAAGAAAAGGUUGAACCGCCACAAGAAACAGUUUACUCAGAUUCUGACCUUGAGGAGGCAGUUGAAACGUGCCCUGUGUGCCGUCUGUGUUUCUUCUCUCAAGAUGACUUGAAAGACCAUGAGAAGUCUGUUCAUGGCAGUGUAUCAACUGCAGAGUCCAUGUUUGACAAUCUGCUUAAUGGAGACAGGGCUAGUAGUAAAAACCAAAGAUUCUCAUGGAAAGAAGGGUAUCCAAUGGAUUCAAUUAUUGGCAAUAGAAUAUGAUGAGACACUGUACCAAUCAACAUUCAAUCAAAUAAAGAUUUUAGACCUGACCGUAAUCUAAGAAUUGGCUAAUCACAUUGGAAGUAUACAUUAAACCUAUAAUUCUAGCUUACAAGGUUUCCAAUAUAAGUUUUAUAAUGUGUGUGUAAAUGAUUCAAUUGAGUAUGUUUCUAUUAACAUUAUUUAGCAGUAUUUGUUUUGUCUGUGCCUUUUUGGCCCUUUCAGUCGUUUUUGUGAAUGAAAUUUGUCUCUUGCUUCUUUAAGCCAAAAAGAAGCCACAUUGAGGCUCGUGUAAAUAUGAUUAUCAACUUUGUGAAAUUAUUGUUUAUUUGUAAUUUUAAUGAAUGCAAGACUGUCAUCUCUAUGUUCUGAAUUGCUCCUGAACAAAUUGUGAGUAAUGAAGGAGAUUAUAAUUAUUCAUUGUAUAUAUCUAUAUAUAAUUGAAGAGAGUAGUGCAGUAUCAGGCUGUUCUACUCUGCGACUGCGAAUUUAUGUAUUCAAAGAAAAGGAUUACAUAAAUGUAAUGCUAAAAUU